GAAAAUGAAAAAGGAAAGUUGCAGUGAGACGACGAGGUUAUUGAGUGUCAGUAACUCUCAACAUGAAGAAGCAGAAGACAGAUAAAUUAUAGAUUAAAAGCUUCGUAUCGCUGCUGUAGUCGACAGGAGACGUUGGAGGCAGACAGAACUGGACCGGCAGCUUUACGUUCCUGCUGCUGUGGUUUUUUGUUGCUUUUCCUCUUCAGAUCAAACAUGGCUGAAAGGUGCAGAGUGACAGCGCAGGGCAGGAAGAAAUGGGUUCUUCCACAGAAAAGUGUGACUGAUGAGAAGAAACCGAGUGUUCGCUCUACAGACGCCGACAGAAGUCUGGCGGUUCCUUUCAGAGGUCACGUCUCAGGCGGGAUGCGUCCGGGGAAGAAGGUCGUAGUGUUCGGAGUCGUGGAGCCUCGUCCCGACAGGUUCUACGUCGCCCUCACAUGCGGCCGUGGGACAUCCGGGGAGCCUCCGACUGAUGUGGCUCUGGAGCUGUGCGUCAGAUUCAGGGACCGGCAAGUCCUGCGAAGAGCCUGCGUGUCUGGAUCCUGGGGGGACGUCGACAAAGCCGUCCCGUUCUUCCCCUUCAUCAGAGACCAGCCGUUCAAGAUAGAGAUUCACUGCGAACAAAGUCGUUUUCUUGUGUUUGUGGACGGCCAGCAGCUGUUUGACUUUUACCACAGAGUGACGUCGCUCAGCGAUAUCGACACGCUGUGGAUCAAAGGCAGCGUUGCUAUCACUAAACUGGCUUGAAGUGAAGGUCACUGGUCUGUAUUUACUCUGGACAUUUUUAGUAGCAGGUGUUAAAUAUGGAGACAAUUUAGUGUCAAUAUUGGUGAUAAAUACGUGUUUUAUGAUCUAUGAAUGAUAUAUGGAGGUUGACAAACAUGUAAAUUAUUAGUUUGAAUUGGUUGGUUUUUGUUAGUGGACAACCAAUCAUCUUGUAGAUCAUGAAACACACAGUUUCUCUCCAUAGUUUAAAACUGGAUAUUGAUCUUAGAAGCAGGGGCGUGUCCAGAGAGGGGGCGGGGCUGCGACCUGGGACCCUGUUAUCCUUCCUUCUUCCAUCUUUCAGAGGCUGUAACGGGCUCCGUUUUAAUGCUAGAGGAAAAUCUCAUAUGAAACUAUAAACCAACCAUUGACAUCCACAUGGUGUGCAGCAGUGAUCGGGGUUGGCCCCGCCCAUACGCCCAACUCAACUCUUUUAUAGCAUCAAAUAACUAAUGAAAACCAAACUUACCAGGAAAAUGAGAUCUUGAACCAACAUCAGUGUGAUAAAAAAACUACCUAAAGUACCAGAAACCAUCUUUGGGCCAGACUAAGAGUUAUUUACGAUAAUUAUGAUUUAAGAAUUACGAGAAUAAAGUCGUAAUAUUACGAGAAUAAAGUAAACUGUUUAAGGACGAAAUUAUCAGUGCGUUAGUUUACCUGUUGACUGUACGGUACGACUGAGACAAACAGCGGCUGCUGGGCUCAGACUGAAACUGCUGAUUGGUUGAGCUGCUCACGUCAGAUCUUCAUAACUCUAUAGAAGCUUCUUUCUCAUUAAAACGACUUUUUUUCUUGUAAUAUUGCGACUCUAUUCUCAUAAUUUCCAAAAUUAUCAAAAUUAAUUUUUCCUCUUAGUAUGGCCCUAAUACUCGUCGUAGGGAAAAAUUUAUUUGACAUGUAAUUUUGAAUUUGCUAACAUGGAGGCUUUAUGAGCUGUACUGCAGUCAGCCACCAGGGGGCGCUCAAAAGUUAAAUUCUGCUAUAACCAUUUUCACAUGGAUCCAUUGACCUUUGACCUCAAGAUAUCUGAAUAAAAAAGGGUCCUAUGGGUCCCCACAAGUGAAUAUUUCUCAGACUCAGUAAGUUUCCACAUACGAGAGAUUAGCAUUGGUACACUGGUGCAUAAGAAUCACAAUCAAAUGUAGAAAAAUAUAAAUAAAGAUAAGAAAAAUUUAAAAAUAGAGACACUAAAAAGGAGCCUCUAUAUAGAAAUAUAUAUUAUAUUAUAUUCUGCAUCAAUCAGUGCCCCUCUUGUUCAACCGCAGUCAGAAAACGUCCAGACACGCCCGUUAAUUUCCUUUUAUAUCACAAAGCUGAACUCAGAUUGACUCAGGAACUAAUGAUUAAUGAUUAAUGAUUAAUGAUUAAUGAUUAAAGUGCCACUGAUUAUCAAUUAAAUCGCACUUGAUUUCACUGUAAUUUUUUUAGGAUUUUGGUAAAGCUGCUGGAUGUCUUAACCUUUUAACUUUUUUACAUUUUUAUUAUACAUUUUUUUAUAUAUAUAUUUCUUUUUGUAUCUUCUAUUGAAAUGUAAAUUGUACACAGUGGUCAGAGGCCAUGUAGACGCCCCUCCGCUGUAUUUUCUCUGUGGUUUUUGAGGCGUUCAGGAACCUGUGGGAGUUAUAUGUCUUUAAAAAUGUUUAUAAAACGAAUUAGAGACUUUCCUCCUCCCUAAAAAAGUCCACAUUUUAAAGGAGGAUCAUUCACAGUAUUUCUUAAAUCUGGCUAAAUAUGUUAAAUAAAAGUUUCCUGUGAAAUUGUGUUGAAAUGAAUAAAUAAAAUCCUAAAAGUGACAAAAGAUCAAUAAAUAAGUGAAGUUUUAGCUGCAGAUACACAAACAGAUGUUCACUCUCUCAGUUUGUGUCUGGGAUUGUUUUUAUAUUUUGUUCUAUGUAUUUUUUUUAUAUCCUAUAUUGUGAUGAUGAAUAAACAAAAGAAGACAAAGAUGAAGACUCUCUGAUGUGUAAAAUGUGACGACUACCUCAAACCACACUGUGAGCGUGGAAAUGAGAAAUAAAUCCGUCUGUUUUCUUCUUUUA